CUUCACCACUAAACAUGGUCCAGGACAGGCCGCCUCGGCGAAGGAAACCAUGCUUCACUGGUGCCAACUAGUCACCAAGGGCUAUCAGGGCGUUGACAUCAAGAACUUUGGUAGCAGCUGGGCUGAUGGCCUGGCCUUCUGCGCCCUCAUUCAUCAUUUCUAUCCAGACGCCUUCGAUUUCGCCUCUCUGGAUCCCAAGAACCGGAAAGAGAACUUUGUUCUUGCAUUUGAAACUGCCGAGAAACUCGGCAAUGUGUCCCCCCUGCUGGAUGUGGAGGAUCUGAUGAAAAUGAAGGUGCCGGACUGGAAGUGCGUGUUCACUCAGGUCCAACUCUACUAC